AUGUUUGUAUAUAUCUAUCUCUCUCACUCAGUUAAUAUCUGUUUAUCAGUCACAGUCUGUUCAGAUCUAAGUUGGUUCAUAUCUAUCUAUCUAUCUAUCUAUCUAUCUAUCUAUCUAUCUAUAUCUCUUCAUAUCUAUUUGCUUAUCUAUCUAUCAAUCUCACUCUGUUCAUAUGUAUCUCUGGCUGGUCAUAUCUAUCUAUCUCACUCUGUUCAUAUCUGUCUGCUUUAUUCGCAUGUUUUAUACAUAACAACAAUCCCUCUAUCCAUUGAACAAAAUACAUGCGAGUUCGCUGAAAAUACUAUCUAUCUAUCUAUCUAUCUAUCUAUCUAUCUAUCUAUCUAUCUAUCUAUCUAUCUGGGUGUCUGUCUGUCUGUCUACCUUUCUAUCUAUCUAUCUAAUAAUCGAUCUAUGUCCAUCUCUAUCUCUAACACGACUAAUUCUUGCUUUCUUUCUUUUACUUGGCACUCAUUCUUUCUCUCUCACAGCGAACUCGAUUCCUCACUUCCGCGACAGACUCCGUUCCUGUUUCGUCCAUUUUUUUCUCUCACUUUUCUUCCUCCUUUUCGUCGUUGCUCGAGUUUGUCUUCCGCGCCUUUAUCUUGUGAUAUUAUGACUGUCAUCGCUAAUGAUGUUGUCAGCAUUGUUACCGAAAAUCAAAAGGCUCGUUCCUCUCUCUCUCUCUCUCUCUCUCUCUCUCUCUCUCUCUCUCUCUCUUUAUAUCUAUCUAUUUAUAUUAGCAGGGUCGAACAGGUAAAAAAAUUAAUUAAUCUAUCUAUCUAUCUAUCUAUCUAUUUAUCUAUCUAUCUAUCUAUCUAUCUAUCUAUCUAUCUAUCUAUCUAUCUAUCUCAAGCUUUUCUUUCUCUCUCUAUCAACUAA